GCGGGCUCAAUAGUAUACUAUCAAAAAGAAAAUUGGUUUCCCGUCCCAUUCCCUCCAACGUGUUCCCGCCCAAGCCAAAAAAGGGAGGCAACGGGGACAGUGAAAGCUCUUGCUGGAGUUGAAGAAAACCGCAGUAUAGCGGAGAAGUCAGAAGAGGAGAGUCAAAACUUCAAAGCGCAGAGAAAAUGGCUGACGCAGCUCCAACAGGCUGCUACAAGUGUGGCCGCCCCGGCCACUGGUCCCGUGACUGCCCCGAUUCUCAAUCGAACCCUAACCCUAAUCCCCCAACUUCUGGUUCAAAUCCCAGCAACAAUUCUUUCACCAGAUCCUUUCCCCCGAAGUUCGGCAACAACGGCAAACCACCUCUCGCGCCGAAGCCAAAGAAGGUCCCCAGAACCAGGCCGAAGCUCACUCCCGACCUUCUUCUCUCCGACGAUGGCUUCGGCUUCAUCCUCCGCUACUUCCCCAAAAACUUCAAGUACCGUGGCCGCGGGCGCGAGGUUAGCGAUUUGGGGCACUUGCUUAGUUUAUACAGUGAGUGGCAUGAACGUCUCCUCCCGUACUAUUCAUUCGAUCAGUUCAUACAGAGGGUGGAACGAGUGGCUGCUUCAAGGCGUGUCAAGACAUGUAUUUCAGCUAUAAGAGAUAAAGUUGCCCGUGGGGGGGAUCCAACAAAGUUGCAUGAAUCGCCGGCCGAGAAUGAUAAUCUAGAUGAACAAGAUCUUUCAACUCCUGCUGAAGGCAUGAAUUCUGAGGGGUUUCAUUGUGAGGCACAACCAUCUUCAGGCAACCAUGGGGCUGAAGCUGUGGAAGAAGACCUAUUUCAAGACAUUUACGAAAGAGCUACUGACCCUCCAUCUCGCACCACAGGGUCGGGGAGUGGGCCCCAAGUAAAUGAUAACAAUGGAUCCAGCAGCAGGAAUGAAGCUGCUGAGAUCACAGAAGAACAGAGAGCUCGUAUUGAAGCAAACAGGUUGAAGGCACUUGAAAAAGCUGCCGCUCGCAGACGAUUGCAGCAGCAGUCUGCCUCAUGACCGGUGAACCAGACCACCACCCUUUCCAUUGUCCUGGACCUUACUUUAGCAAGCCGUUCGAUCAAAAGAACGCUGCAAAAUCUCUAUGUGGGAUGUUGUAUUUUUUUUUAUGAGUUUGGGACUAAUAUCAAUGAGUUUGGCCACAUCAGCGUAUUUCAAGUAGGGCAUCAUAUAAGCUAGGCUGUUCAUGAGCGGAGUGAUAUUUGAUUUGAGAAAAAGCUCGUUCGGAGUCUGAUUCGAUUGCUAAUGAUUCGAACUUGAGCUAAGUCUUUUUGAAUUCGUGAGACUCGUGACUUGUGACUCACCUCAAUUCGGUGUUUCGUUGAGUUUAACUCAUGAGCUUAUUAGUUUUGAGCCCAUGAGAUGUCUCAAUAUUGUAAUGAUCGAGUCAACUAGACAACCUAUUUAUUAAUGAAUAGAUGAGUGGGC